AUGGCACCGGCGAGCCGGGUCGCGCUCCUGCUGUUGGCAGCGUCGCUGCUCGUCGCGUGCGCGGCGACGCCGCAGAACGUGACGACGGCAGCCAUGGUGGAGAAUCUGAGCCUCGAGGAGCUGGGCGAGCAGCUUCAGACGUGUCCCAUUGUCCGAGAGCUCGACGCGGCCAAGCUGGCGCACCACGAGGCGCAGCCCACGUCGCCGACGGCGCGGCUCUUUGGCCUGCUCUUCCCGAGCUCGCGGCCGGCCGUCAACGCGCUACUGGCGACGCUGUACAUCUCGGGCCCGCCCAACUUUUUGCUGGCCCUGUGCCCGACCGACAUCGACCCGUCGUCGCUCAGCGUCAUGGUGGCCUUUGCCGUGGGUGGGCUGCUGGGCGACACGCUCUUCCACCUGCUACCCGAGAUUUUCCUGGGCGAAGACGACGACGAGCGCACGCGCUUUGUGCUCGUCGAGCCGAACCGCAACCUGCUGCUUGGGCUCGGCAUCCUCGUCGGCUUCAUGACUUUUGUCGCCAUGGACAAGGGGCUGAGGAUCGCGACGGGCGGCGGUUCGGGACACGAUCACGGCGGCCAUGGGCAUUCGCACACGCAUGCGCGGGGAGAGGAGAAGGAGGGAGCGGGUGCUGCUGCGGCGACGGGCGCGGACACGGCGAGCGGACAGGCCAAGUCGAGGAAGAAGAAGGCUGGACAGGCGGUCGAGCCCCGCGGCGCCAAGGGUGAGGACAGGGAGGCGGUGAACCCGAGCGUGAAGCUGGGCGGCUACCUCAACCUCAUCGCCGACUUUACGCACAACAUCACCGACGGGCUGGCCAUGUCGGCCAGCUUCUACGCGUCGCCGACGGUGGGUGCCACAACGACCAUGGCCGUCUUCUUCCACGAGAUCCCGCACGAGGUGGGCGACUUUGCGCUGCUGGUGCAGUCGGGCUUCUCCAAGCGCGCGGCCAUGGCGUCGCAGUUUGUCACGGCCGUGGGCGCCCUGCUCGGCACCCUCAUCGGCAUCGCGGUGCAGGAGCUUGGCGGCGGUGGCGGCGGCGACGGCGAGGCCAAGAUGGGUCGCAACGCCGGCAUUUGGGGGACGAGUCUGAGCUGGGGCGACAUGCUGUUGCCCUUCACGGCGGGCACGUUUCUGUACGUGGGCACCGUGGCGGUGAUCCCGGAGCUGCUGGAGACGGGCCCCAACAAGGCGCUGGAGCUGCGCAAGACGCUGGUGCAGUUUGCGGCCGUGGCCGUGGGCGCCGGCGUGAUGCUGUACAUUUCGUGGCACGACUGA